CGCCUGCUUCCCCUCCCGCAGCUGACGGAGGCAGACGGACCAGAGCAGGCCAGGAGGCGGCGGCGGCCAAGGCAGGGAGCCGGCUGCGCCUCGCACAUCGGGACCGGCGCCCCACACGCCACAAGCCACAAGCCGGGCGCGGACGCUCCCCUCUCCCUUCCUUCCACCUGCUGCUGCCGCCGCGGCUGUUGUUUGGUGAUGCUCUGACUGAGCCCCGGCGGAGAAGAGGACGCCAAUGGAGCCGCUGUGGGUCAACCGGAGCUGCGCCCACGGUUCCGUGUUCACCUUGACUUGCUUGUCUCGUCAGGUUGUUUGUCAGGUCAUCGAGAAUAGCAGCUCCACGUCCUCAUCCUCCAAGAAUCUCAGUUUACACACUGACCAAACUGUGCAGAUAGAGGACAAAUAUGGCUUCUACAUUGGUCUGGCCUUGGCCAUCCUCUCCAGCUUCCUCAUUGGCAGCAGCAUCAUCUUGAAGAAGAAAGGACUGUGCCGGCUGGUGGAGAAAGGAGGCACUAGAGCUGGGGAUGGAGGUCAUGGCUACCUACGGGACUGGUUGUGGUGGGCUGGUUUACUCACAAUGGGCGGAGGAGAAGCUGCCAACUUUGCUGCCUAUGCCUUUGCACCUGCAACAAUUGUUACUCCACUUGGAGCCUUGAGCGUACUCAUAAGUGCCAUUUUGUCUUCCUAUCUACUUGGAGAGCGUCUCAACCUGCUGGGCAAAUUAGGUUGCAUGCUGAGCAUUGUGGGUAGUACAGUGCUGGUGAUCCAUGCUCCAGAGGAAGAAGAAGUCUCCACUCUAGAUGAAAUAGCUUCUAAACUGAAAGAGCCAGGUUUCCUAGUUUAUGCUGGCCUUCUCUUGGUGAUUUGCCUAGUUUUUAUUUUCUUCCUAGCUCCACGCUAUGGACAGACCAAUAUUCUUGUGUACCUCAUCAUCUGCUCUGUGAUUGGGGCUUUCUCUGUGUCUUCAGUCAAAGGACUUGGCAUUGCCAUCAAGGAGUUUUUUGCUCACCAGCCUGUUCUUUACCACCCCCUGACCUGGAUUCUUGUCUUUACAUUAGUGGCCUCUAUUACCACACAGAUCAACUACCUCAAUAAGGCUCUUGACAUUUUCAACACCUCCAUGGUUUUCCCCAUCUACUAUGUGCUGUUUACCACCAUAGUAAUCACCACAUCAGUCAUCCUCUUUAAGGAAUGGGUCACCAUGUCUGCGGUGGACAUUAUUGGGACCAUAUGUGGAUUCCUCACCAUUAUUUUAGGAGUGUUUUUACUCCAUGCUUUUAAAGACAUGGACUUCAGCUUGAGAAACCUACCACAAACUCUUCAGAAUACUGACGAGGCUCCAAUAAUUAGGGAUGACAAGGACAUCCUAAUAGAAAUGGAUAGCAACAGUAUCAAGGAUGAUGGGAAACCCAAAGUAUUCAUGAUCUACAGUUGAAACCAAAAA